GUUAUCCUCCACGUUAUUUCUCUAUCAUCCGUUGUUCUUGCUGGGAAUAUAAGAAGUUGGUUGGGUCACGGAGGAUUUGAUGGAGGCCAUGGAGGGAUCGGUGGAGGUCAUGAAGGAAUCGGUGGUGGCCAUGGAGGACUCGGAGGUGGUUAUGAAGGAAGUGCAUUAGGAGGGUGUAGUAUUUUGGGAGGAGCUGGAGAAUUGGGAGCGGGUGGAACAUUGGGAGGAGGUGGUACCUCGGGAGGAGGUGGUGCCUUGGGAGGAGGUGGAGCCUUGAGGGGAUGUGGAACCCAGAUACAAACCAUAACUCAACAGAUUCCGGUACCUGUACCCCAGCCCUAUCCUGUAACAGUUAAUCGACCUGUAACAGUUAAUCGACCAGUACCAGUGCGAGUGCCACAACCGUAUCCUGUUGUCGUUAACAGACCGGUGCAGGUACCAGAAUCACAAACUCAUCCAGUAGAAGUACCCAGGCAUGUUCCAGUUCCUGUUACAAGACCUGUCCCGUAUCCUGUACCACAGCCAGUGCAAGUACCAGUUCAAGUGCCCGUACUUGUUCCACAACUUUACCCUGUGACGAUUCCACAACCCUAUGCAGUUAGAGUACCCCAAACCGUUAUAGUACCAGUACCACAACCUAUAAACGUUGGCGGUGGAGGAACUGGGACCGGAGCCGGAAUUGGAGGUGGAGUAGAAAUUGGAGGAGCUGGUUUUGAAGGCUACUUCGGUGGUAUCGGAGGAGGUUUUGGAGGCAGCCACGGGGGAUCUAUAGUUUUGCAGGAAGACAUGGAGGUAGCACCGGGGGUGCGGUUUUGGAGGCGGUCAAGGAGGCAGUUACGGAUACCUUUCUUUACCCAGGGCAAACGCAACGACACCAUGGACAAGUAA